UGUAAAACAGGGAGCUGCACAAACGACUACCAUGUUGAUCCAGAUCUACACAGUAAACACAACACUAUUUCGCAAGGGGAGCUUCUUAUCUCUGCAGGACUUCUGACCUCUCAGGUGUUAUGGUGUAACUAGUCCAUCUGGGUUACACCAUUCAUGUCUCUCAGCGAGGAAACAAUGUUUUUGUUCAUUGUCAGUUUUUAUUUAACGUUGGCCAUUGUUCAAACAGGGCCCGUUGUGGACUCUUCGUAUGUUGCUGCUGUGUACGAGCACAACUUAAUCCUGAACCCGGAGCCUCGUGUCCCCCUGUCCAGGCCCGCUGCCCUACAACACAUGCAGAAAAACCUGGAUAUCUACGAGGAGCAGGCUGCCCGGGCCGCUCAGCAGGGUGCCCAGAUCCUGGUUUUUCCAGAAGAUGGCCUUCAGGGUUUCAACUUCAGCCGUUCGUCCAUCUCUGGCUACCUAGAAACCAUUCCUGACCCCCAGCAGGAGAGCUGGAACCCCUGCACAGAGCCAGACAAAUACAACAACACUGAGGUUCUCCAGCGGUUGAGCUGUAUGGCCCGUCGUUACAACCUCUACCUGGUGGCCAACAUGGCUGACCUGCAGCCCUGCCCCCUGAAGACCGACCCCUCCUCCUGUCCCCCUGAUGGACGCUGGCAGUUCAACACCAAUGUGGUUUUCAGUUCAGAUGGCCUGCUGGUGGCGCGCUACCAUAAACAAAACCUCUACUUUGAGGAGUCCUUUGACACCCCGCCGAAAGCUGAGAUCAUAACGUUUGAGACGCCUUUUGCUGGGAGGUUUGGCCUCAUGAUCUGCUUUGACAUCCUGUUCCACGAUCCCACAGUUGCCCUGGUGGAGAGGGGAGUGCGACAGCUCAUCUUUCCCACAGCCUGGAUGAACCAGCUCCCCCUACUGGACACGAUCCAGUUCCAGCGGGCGUUCAGCUUGGGUGCCAAUGUCACCCUGCUAGCGGCCAACAUUCGUAACGACCGACUGAUCAUGACAGGAAGUGGUAUCUACACCCCUUUUUCUGCCACCUACCACCACGCCCAGAGAGGAGACCCAGAGGAGGGCAGGCUGUUGGUGGCCAGGGUGCCAGUCUUAGACCCACUGUGGGCGGGGCAGAGCGUGGCCACGGAGGAGGGUGUAGUUAUGGCUGAGUCCACAUCAUCUACAGCUACAGACUCUGGAGUCUGUCACCAGGAGAGCUGUUUUGUUUCUCCUCGUCCUGAAACCGCUUCUUCAGUCCCUCUCUCCUCCACCUUCAUCUCAUCCAUGAUGUACGACCCAUUUACCUUUGUCCUCUUAAACGAGACAGUGGGUGAAGUGAACGUGUGUAAUGGCACCUUUUGCUGUCACCUGCAGUACCGGCAGCUACCUCAAGGAAGCAGUAAAGAGCUCUACGCAUUGGGAGCGUUUGCUGGAACACACACUGUCAAUGGACGCUACGCCCUGCAGGUGUGCGCAAUAGUCCGCUGUGCAGGGUUGGACGUCAGUUCCUGUGGACAGGAAGUGGAAGAGGCUGAGUCUAAAAUGGACUUCCUGUUGGAAGGGAAGUUUGGGACCAGAUAUGUGUACCCAUCAGUUUUGGCUAGCAAGAUGGUCCUGGAGCAGCCCGAGCAUCUGGAAAAAGCUGCAGAUGGCAGAGUGACCAUGAAACACUCAAACAUGACUGGUGGGCUGGUCACUGCCUGUCUGUACGGACGAAUGUAUCACCUGGACAGUGAAUGAACUGCUUUGGAAUAGAUGUAUGUGUCAGGAGAAAAACAUCAAGUACAUUUAAAAAACUGAUGUAUAAAUGUUAAUGUUCUGACCAAGACUGACAAUGACAAUUCAGCAGUUGCAUGUGUCUUCUGUCAUAUACACACACUGCAAUAAAUCAAAACAAAUAUCUUUA